AAAUUGCCCAAAUGUUUGGUUAAAAACCCAAUUUUACCCUUUGAGUGAUCAAUAGAUAAGAUAACACCAUCUCCGCAGCUCAUGCCAGAACAGAUCUCAUCUCUUUGCUGCUAUCCUCUCCGUACUGCUGCAGGUAGAGUUUUUGAUCAACAAAAUACCAAGCAACAUUGAUCUGCUACGAAAAACCAUCAGUCUCUUCAUUGAUUUUGGUUCUUGGAGCGCCUUCAAAACAAAAGAACAGAAAAUCUCUCUUCACUCUCAAGUUCCAUCUCAACUUUCUGUGGUGUCUCUCUGGUUACUUCAUUUCCCGUAUCUCUCAUUUCCACAAGUGAACCAUGUCGAUUGUCUUGGAGGCUGUCGCGGGAGCUGCUUUAUCCGCUUUCUUUGAUGUGCUGAUUGACAAGUUAAGCUCCUCUGAUUUGUUGAAUAUCUUUCGGCAAGAGAACGUUGAUGCUGACCUCAAGAAGUGGAAGACAAUUUUACUGAAAAUCAGUGAAGUUCUGGAUGAUGCAGAAGAGAAACAGAUAACCAAGGCGUCCGUGAAGACCUGGAUGGGUGAGCUCGAAGACUUGGCUUAUGAUGCGGACGACAUCUUGGACGAGUUUGCUACUGAAGCUUUGCGACGUAAGGUGAAUGCAGAAAAACCCAGCACAAGUAAGGUACGGAAGUUCAUCCCUGCUUGUUGUUUGGGUUUGAAUCCAAGUUCUAUCAUGUUUGAUGCCAAUAUGCGGUCCAAGAUUAAAGAAAUCAAUACGAAGUUGCAAGAAAUUGUUACACGGAAGAAUGAUCUGAAAUUGGAAGACUCUGCUAAGGGAAGGACUAGAACAGUAACAUCAAGGGUGCCCGCCACUUCCCUGGUUGAAUCUCAUACUUAUGGCAGAGAAGAAGAUAAAAAGGCCAUUGUCGAGUUGCUGACUGGUGGAUCGGGCGGUGCUCAAUUCUCUACGAUUUCCAUACUUGGUAUGGGAGGGCUGGGCAAGACGACUCUUGCCAAACUAGUCUACAACGACAGUGAGUUGAGGGGUUAUUUUGAUGUGGCAGCAUGGAGUUGUGUUUCUCAAGACUUUGACACUUUAAGGGUGACAAAAGAAAUUCUACAAGAUAUAACUUCGAAGACUUGCAAUGAUAAUGAUUUAAAUUUAGUUCAGCGCGAAUUGAAGAAGCAAUUAUCUGGCAAGAAGUUCUUGCUCAUUUUGGAUGAUGUUUGGAUUGAAAACUAUUCUGAUUGGACUAAACUACGUCUUCCAUUUGAAUCUGGGGCUCCUGGAAGUAAGAUUCUUAUCACUACUCGGCAUGCUAAUGUUUCAUCAACAAUGGGCGAUACUAAUCCAUACAAAUUGGGAGAGUUGUCAAAUGAUGCUUGUUUGACCAUGUUUACCCAACACGCACUGGGGACGUCGGAUUUUGGUGAGCAUCUAAAUGAUGAAGAAAGGCAAAAAAUUUUAGACAGGUGCAAGGGCUUACCUUUGGCAGCAAAGGCUCUCGCAGGUCUUCUACGUACAUACGAUCGUGAUGAGUGGAAAGAUGUACUAAAUGGCAGGAUAUGGGAUUUGUUAGAAAAGAAAACUGAUGUUCCUUCAACUUUACGAUUAAGCUAUCUGUACCUCCCUUCAAGUUUAAAGAAAUGCUUUGCCUAUUGUUCACUAUUUCCAAAGGGUUAUAAUUUUAAGGAGAAAAAGCUAGUCUUGUUAUGGAUGGCAGAAGGUUUGGUUCGAGAAACAGAAGGAGAGAAGCCAAUGGAAGAUCUUGGUGGUGAGUAUUUUCGUGAUCUACUCAAGAGAUCAUUUUUUCAACAAUUAAGCAUUAAUGAAUCACGCUUUGUCAUGCAUGACCUCAUGCAUGAUUUAGCUCAAUGGGCAGCGGGAGACUUGUGCUGUAGGUUGGAGGAUCCAUUGGGUGGUAGUAAGAUUUCUCCAAAGGUACGACAUAUUUCUUAUAUUGAUCAUUCAAUUAAUUGCAUCAAAAAGUUUGAUGACUUACCUGAAGAUAUGCAUUUACGGACUUUCCUUCUGCUAACAUCAAGAUUCUUAGGCAAGUUAACAAAUUCUGAUGCAAUUUUGCCACAAUUAAGAUCCUUAAGGGUAUUGUCUUUAGAUAGAUAUGAUAUCUGCGAGCUACCAAGUUCAAUCGGUGAUUUGAAACAUCUGAGGUACCUCAAACUUUCUUAUACUGAGAUUGAAAGUCUACCGGAAUCAACAAGUUCUUUAUACAACCUACAAACAUUGAUAUUGAAAGGUUGUUCCAAUCUCACAAAAUUACCAGGAAAAAUUGAAAAUUUGGUCAAUCUUCGGCAUCUCCAUAUUACAAAUGCAAAUUCAAUUAGAGAGAUGCCAAGUUCAAUUGGUGAUUUGAAACAUCUAAGAUACCUCAACCUUUCUUAUACUAAGAUUACAAUUCUACCAGAAUCAACAAGUUCUUUGUACAACCUACAAACAUUGAUAUUGAAAGAUUGUUCCAAUCUCACAAAAUUACCAGAAAAAAUUGAAAAUUUGGUCAAUCUUCGACAUCUCGAUAUUACAAAUGCAAAUUCAAUUAUAGAGAUGCCAGUGGGAAUGGCAAAAUUAAAGAGCUUACAAACACUAUCUAAUUUUGUUGUGGGGAAAAAUAAGAUAGUAGACUUGAUGAAUUUGGAAUCUCUUCGGGGAACGCUUUGCAUUUCCCACUUGGAGAACAUGCUUAAUGCCAAUGAUGCAAGAAAUGUCAAUUUAAAAGGUAAGAAGAAUUUAGAUACAUUGGUGAUGGAAUGGAAUGGUGAUUUACAAGAUGCAGGAGUUGCGAUAGAUAUUCUUAACAUGCUACAACCUCAUGUAACACUGAAAACACUUUCCAUUAUCGGUUAUGUUGGUGUAGAAUUUCCAACUUGGUUAGGAGAUCCUUCUUUCUCUAAUAUGGUGGAUGUAAGGAUUGAAAGGUGUGGAAAAUGCAUGUUCUUACCUGCUUUUGGGCAACUACCGUGUCUCAAGCACCUUGUUAUUAAGGGAUUGGAUGGGGUCUAUAGCGUCGGUCCUGAGUUUUAUGGGGAACAUUGCGAGCAACCAUUUCGAUCCUUAGUGAAACUUUGCUUUGAGGAUAUGCAUAAAUGGCGAGAUUGGAGUCCUUAUAAAGUUGGGAUAGAAGAAUUGCCUUGCUUGCAUGAGCUUUCUAUCUCUAAGUGCCCCAAAUUGCAAGGAAAAUUGCCCCAUCAUCUCCCGUCAUUGAAAAAACUUUCCAUUAAAGAAUGUGCGAGAUUGGUUGUUUCAAUUCCAAACCUUUCAGUGCUUCAAGAAUUAACAGUUGAGGAAUGUGAAGAGGUUGCUCAUGGGCUUAUGUCCCUUGUAACACAAGAAAUCAAUAUCAAAUCGUGCGAAAAUCUUGUAAACAUCAAGUUGAAGUCUACACCAAGGACACUAACAAUCGAACGCUGUAGUGCUUUGGAAUCCCUGCAAUUUCUGAUGGAUGAGGGAGGGGCUUCUUCAACUUCUUCUUUAUUGAUGAAUGAGGAGAAUCUUAGCUGCAUUGGUAACAACAAUGCAUCUCUUCUUGAGCACUUGGAAAUUUAUAAUUGUCCCUCCCUAAAAUGCGUAUCAACAAUAGUCGACCUAGCUGCCAUGCUUAAACGCCUUGAUAUUGAUGAUUGCCCAAAUCUAACAUCUUUAUCAUCAAAAGACAUCUUACCUACCACCCUUGAAGUCCUUUCCGUAGGGAAUUGUCCAGAGCUGGAGUUAAUAGUAGACGAGUUACACAAGGACACGUUACUUGAAGAUCUUCGAAUUAGUAAUUGUGAAAAGCUUAGGCGCUUACCGAGAGGCCUACACGAACUCAGUCACCUCAAAAAGAUCUAUUUACAAGAGCGUGAUAGUCUUAUUUCUAAUUGUCCAUCCCUAAAAUGCAUAUCCUUUCCGGAAGAGGGUUUCCACACCAACCUUAGAGAGCUUGGGGUGGCAGGGGCGAAUCUCUGUAAGCAAAUAUUUGAGUUUGGACUGCACAAACUCACGUCGCUUAGAUCUCUCUUUAUUGCUAGAGGAAUUAUGGAUUCGCUUCCAGAAGAGGAAGAUGGGAAGACGAUGUUGAUGUUGCCUACAUCUCUCACUUCCCUGACGUUUUAUAAGUUUCCAAAUUUGGAAUUCCUCUCCUGGAAGUUCUUUCAAAACCUCUCUGCACUUGAACAAAUUGACAUCGAUACAUGCCCUAAACUCGCGUCUCUCUCAGAGAAGUGUUUUCCUCCCUCGCUUCAGCGAUUUCAUAUUUAUAAUUGUCCUGUGCUGAAACAAAACUGCGAGAAAGACAAAGGGAUAAUGUGGUCAAAGAUUGCCAAUAUCCCUUCGGUUAUGAUUUGAUUACGUGGAGCAGCAGAAAUAAUUUUGCAAAACAGAGAGAUCUUCCUUCCAGUGUUGCAGUAGAGUCUAGCUUCAAAACUUGGAGGAGGUUACAUAUCAUGUUGAGGAACAAUGAUCAGUGGAGAUACGCACAUAAUGGCAGGAUGGCUUUUUAUCAAUAUGAUGCCUGAGCAGCUAUUAAAGAUUAUGCCUUGCACAGACGAUCAGAUCAUUCUCACCUGUUGCUACAGAUGGCAGCCACUCUUUGUAAAUUCAGGAAUGUGACCAUAUGGUCUUGAUCUUUCAAGAAGAAAAGGCUGGGAAUCAAUCUCUAAGAAGCUAUAAACCUACUGUAGGAUACAAUUUGGUGAUGGUCAGGCAUGGCAAGUGUUGAUCUUUGGUGGAAGUGGUGGGUUUGGAGCAGGUGAGGUCCAAGCUUUGUCAGACAAUUUGUGAAGCCUUAUCCUAUGUACUUGCAAAAGGUGCAGCAGCUGCACUUGUACUUACGAGCUGUGGGUGAUUUAGGCUUUCAGAAACAAAGCUACCACCAAAGGCAGUGAGUGAGGUCAAUGCUGUGACAAUGCUCGAUUAUAUUAAGAAAAUGAAGCAGCGUUGUAGGGAGGCUUACAUGUUAAAGUAGGACCAAGUUAUCAAGUUGAGGUGAGUACUUUGGACGUGGUAUGUUAGAGGCAGACAGGGAUGGCAACUCCUGGUUAUGCAGGAUGUGAUAAGAGAUGAAGUUGGAAAGGUUCAUGCUUGUUUUGCAAUGAAAGAAAUGAGUAAUGUUAUUACUGCUGGAUGUGUUAGCUGGGACAAAAAUUCCAAAUCCACUGCCUUCCUUCUCCUUUUGAGACAAGCUCUUUGGCUUUGAAACGUAUGGGAAUUCUAAGUGUUUUUGUGCUCUCAACUGGCAAAUAGCUUGAGAACCUUUUUGAAAACAGACAAAUUCAGGACAGGGCACUAUGCAAAGAUGACAUCAAACUACUAUAUGAAUAUCUUUUGGUCCUCUGCUGGUAGUACCAGUUUACACUAUAUAGUAAGGGAUGCGGUUGACCUGCAACCAGUUUGACAAAUGUGUUGGAAGAUUUGUUUUUGAAACUUUACUUUCAGGCUUAGUAAUCAAACAAUCUUGGCUUAAAAAAUUGUUCAGACCGCAUUACACAUUGUGCUUGAAAUCACAGCUUUUCGAUCAACCACUAUGCUACUCUUUGAUGGUGGAUGGUUGCAUUCAUAACGGGCUAAUUGGUCAUUACCCAGCAAUACAUUGAUUUGUUGGAUUCUAGCUGAGAUGGUAACAUUAGCUGAAUUUGGGGAUCUGGUAAUAAUAAUAAAAACUUUUGUCAUAGCUUCUCAUCAUUGUUAACUCAGAAGGCUAACUGGAAUAUAAAAGUUUGAUCAAUGAGGAAGACACACGAAUUGAAUUUCUCUCCAUGGGAUAAAGGGUUUAAUUUUCCUCUCAGUUUGCAGGCUUACCAUGUUCAGGUUAUAAAAUAGUAUCAUCUUUUUUUUUUCACUUAUGAUCGAUAUUGAUGAAUUUUCAGGCACAGAUUAUACCCUUCCACUACACUACCUGAGCCAUCAAUUUUAACUUAUUUAUUAGUUCCAUUGAGUAAAACUACGUUAUUAGGAGGGACUUUUCUGCAUUUUUUGAAUGAAACAAGGCAGCCUAUUAGUAAGGGUACAUUCCUAACAUGAGAUAUAAUAAUGAAAAAAACAAAAACAAAAAACCUGAAUUUAUAUCAUGGUGAAUGUUCAGAGUUGUCCCAAAGAAUAACUAUAUGAUAGAUACAAGUGUCAGAUAGAAUUGAGAAACUUUAGCUUCAUAUUUCUAUUUGUUUGAUCUGGAUUUCUGUAAAUUUUACUAAAGCAAGAUGAUAGUCGUCACUGAAUUUUUCAUUUAAAACUUUCAGGAAAGUUUUUCAUUGGUUGUACGAUUUAAAGGAGGCCAACCUGUUAAUUAUAUAUGUGCUAAACUAUUGAAAACAUGGAAGCAGCAAACUAUUUGAACUCUGUUUGCAAGUCUGGCAUCUGCAAUUCCAAUAAGAGACAUUUGGAAGCAAAAGCAUCAUAAGGCAAUAAAUUCUCUCUAUAUUUUUUUUUGGAUUCCCUCCACCUUAGUUAUUACAUAUCAUAGUGUAAGACGAUGAUUAGUGGAAACGCACAAAUGACAGGAUAGCUUUUUAAUAAGAUGCCUGAGCAGAAUGUCGUUUCAACCAAAGAUCAUGCUUUGCAAGGAUAUUCAAGCAUUGUCACCUGCGUUACAGAUGGGCAGCUGAUACAUGUUCAGACUUUUGGAAGUGGAGAGCAAACUACAUUUCUUGUCAAACAACAGGGACAAGCUUAUAAGUUGCCUAUUGAGCCUAGGAGUCCCCAUUUAUUUCAACUCAUAAUUUUAGAGCUCAUGACCACUUUCAGGGAUUUCACAAUGGAAAUAUGAAAGGAGGGCCAGAAGGAGAAGGGAGGUUGGACCGUAAUUCACAAAUAUUCUUCUCAAUUUGUACCUGCCCUCUAUGUGUAGCUGAUUCCACUUCAGAGGGCAUAAAGAGCGAGAUGAAAGGAGGCAUUCUGGCCUGGGAGAGCAGAAACUGAAAUCAACUUUUCCACCCGCGUUUAUGUAGAUAAAAAGGCAAGUUUUUCAUAGGUAAUUCGACCUGAUGGAGGCUAACCAGUUAUCGACCUAAAGUUUUAUCUCUACGGACAAUGAUCCCUUUUUCUUCUGCUAUUCUUGCUAUUAUAGCCACUUUGUGUGCUAUUUUAAAGUGCUGGAAUGUGGGACACGUUUGAAGGGAAGGUUGUCAUGCUUCUCAAGCUCUUUACUAUUGCAGGCACAUGAUCAUGAUUCGUCAAGAAGCAAUGGUUGGGUAUCAUUGUAAUGAGAACCUCCUUUGUGCGUGCAAUUGGAUAUGAUUUGCAGAUUGUUGGGCAUAGCAAGUGGAAGUCAGUACCAAAAUAAAAAGUUGCCGUUGAGGUGUAGACUUUGUCAAGCAAUUUGGAAACCUUAUCCUAUGUACUUAUGAAAGGCGUGCACUGCAUUUGUAGUUAUCAGUGGCCUCUGAGGUUUGCAGCCUCUGUUGUGGAAGUGGGAGAGACAAGCUGUUAAAGAAGACAUUGCUUUGCUGCAUUUGCGAUUUUUAAGCUAUGGUUUUGUCAAGUCCAUGGUUGAAUGCUCACUAAUGCUCAUUGGCUUGCCAAUUCUACAUCUUCCUCUUCUUUGCUAUAGCCUAGUCCUUUGUAAUGUGACUUUUAUCUUAUACAUCAUAUGUUCUAUUGAGGUUUCUUUAAGCUGUUUUUUGGCUCGUCUAAAAAGAAGCAAGAUUACCAGUUUACAAAAUAUAGUUAAGGAUGCAGUUGACUAGCAACCAAUUUGACUAGCGUGUUGAAAUUUGUUCUUUGAAAUUUUGUCUCAGCCAUCAAAUAAUCUUGGCCUAAAAAUUAUUUGGACUCCAUCAGACAUUGUGCUUGAAAUUAUAACUUUAAGAGCUACCACUUUAAUUGGUACUGUAAUUCACUAUUGGAAUAUUUAGUAAGACCAUUAUCAUUAUUUUCAAAAAAUUUCUAGACAGUGAAAGCACAUUAA